AGUCUGGCUCUGGCCUCAGACAACAGUGUGUGAAAGUGAUGCGGUUAAAAAACUAACUCGCUGGUUGUCCCAUUUUCUGGUCACGUUUUGUCUCGAUUCAGCUCUUAGCAACAGCCGUUCGGCAAGCAUGUCGUCCUCCACUAGUAGCUCAGCUGCGCGUGUAGGCUUCGUGGGCCUUGGGCGCAUGGGGUUUCCGAUGGCAGCGCACCUACAUAAGAAAUUCGGUCCGUGCGCUGUGUGGAAUCGCACGACGCACGUUGCAACCCUACAUGCAAUGGAGCACGGAACUACUGCGGUUGCCGAGAUCGAAGACUUCCGAUGUCCCACUUUGUUUUCGUGCCUCCCGUGCUGGCGCGAGGUUCAUGACGUGGCCUCGCGCAUUAUCGAGGCCAGACGCCGAGCAGUGGGGGAAGGCUUGGUGGAUGAUGAGCAUCGGUUCGACCUCCAUGGUACUGCAUCGGAGCCUUCUACUGAAAGCGAGAGAAUAUUAUCCCCUAGAUCAGCUCUUCGCCCGGUAUCACUCCUAAUCGACUGCACCUCUGGAGAGUACGCGCACACCAUAGAAAUCGGCGAGAUGCUUGCUGAGCACGGUAUCACCUUCGUGGAUUGUCCCGUCUCCGGCGGCCCUCGCGGUGCCCAGGCAGCGACGGUGACGGCCAUGUUCGGUGGGAAUUCGACAGCCGCCGUGGCGUACGCGAAGCACUUUGCCAGUGCCUUUGCCGCGAAGCGGGAAUCCUGCGGUGCCCUUGGGAGUGCACACGCGGUAAAGUCGAUCAAUAACAUAUUGAACAGUGCGAAUUUGGCGACGACCGUCGAGGGACUGCUGGUGUUGCGAAAACUCUUCGGGGACAGGCUAGACUUGGAGAAAGCGCUUCGCUGCAUCAACAGCAGCUCCGGGCGGUCGCUCCAGAGCAUACAGCGCGUGCCGGAGGAGGUGUUUUCACGCCGGUUCGGGUAUGGAUUCGACUUGCAGCUGAUGCAAAAGGAUUGCGACGCAGCAAGAAAUCUGAUUUUGGAUGCCAGUUCUGUGGGCCAGCAUCCAGAGGGUGGUCAUCAGACAGCAAUUCUGCCGCGCGUUGCGGAGCUCUUAGACGAUGCAGCGUCGUUUUACCAGGGGGAAUGCGACGACGCUCGGAAACAGGGGGAGAUCAUUGACUACACGUAUUUGGCGAAGUUCCUAGAAGAUAAAGCGGGAAUCACUUUGGAGAUAGAGAGCUAGUUUGCUUGCGUCUGUGUGUUGUCUGAUUCUCAGUUCUGCUGUGCUAACUAUCUUUCUGGCGCACGAUGAAGGACAAUUCCAAGAAGAAGAAGAAGCAGAU